GGGGCGGGCUUUGCGACAAUGGCGGCGCCGGUGCCUACGGUGUGUUCUCUUUCUCUUUCUCAGGUUGCUAUCGUGGAUGCUGCCUUUACCUUAAGUGAUUCAGGCAAAUUAUUGGCGCGAGGGAAGGGUGGUGAUGAACGUGGCUUCAGGGAGGCAACCUCCCUGGCACAGCGUGGGGAAACGGGCUGGAAUUACCGCUCCUCACCAGUAACCUCUGAGGGGCUGGCCCGCUAGAAGGAGGUGCUGGAGUCAGACCUGCCGAGAGCGGUGGCACUUUUGAAAAACCUCCAGGAGCAGGUAAUGGCUGUAACUGCACAAAUUCAAGCUCUGACGAAAAAAGUUCAAGCUAGAACCUAUCCAACAGAGAAGGGUCUCAGCCUCUUGGAAGUGAAAGACCAGUUGCUGCUCAUGUACCUUAUGGAUUUGAGCCAUCUCAUCCUGGACAAAGCCUCAGGAGGGUCUCUUCAGGGACAUGCGGCAGUUUUGAGACUGGUGGAGAUUCGCACGGUUUUGGAAAAAAUUCGUCCCUUGGAUCAAAAACUGAAGUAUCAAAUUGACAAACUGGUCAAGACUGCAGUGACAGGCAGCCUCAGUGAGAAUGACCCACUCCGUUUUAAGCCUCAUCCCAGCAAUAUGAUGAGCAAGUUGAGCUCUGAGGAUGAGGAAGAUGAAGCAGAGGAAGGACAGUCUGGGGCUGCAGGGAAGAAAUCUGCAAAUGGAGCAGUUAAGAAAUAUGUUCCACCGCGCUUGGUGCCAGUACAUUAUGAUGAAACAGAGGCUGAGCGGGAAAAGAAGCGUCUAGAACGAGCCAAGAGACGAGCAUUGAGCAGCUCUGUUAUUCGUGAACUUAAGGAGCAGUACUCAGAUGCUCCAGAGGAAAUCCGUGAUGCCCGGCAUCCUCAUGUUACUCGCCAGAGUCAGGAGGAUCAACACAGGAUUAACUAUGAGGAGAGCAUGAUGGUGCGUUUAAGUGUCAGUAAGCGAGAGAAAGGACGACGAAAACGCGCAAAUGUCAUGAGCUCACAACUUCAUUCUCUCACGCACUUCAGUGACAUCAGUGCUUUGACAGGAGAAACCCCUCAUCUUGAUGAGGAUCAGAAUCCUAUUAAGAAGCGGAAGAAGAUACCCAAGAAAGGUCGGAAGAAAAAAGGUUUUCGGAGGCGGCGGUGAUUGUGGGUGUACAUAUUUAUAUAUAUUUUUUGUCAUCCUGAGAUACUUCCAGUUUCACUGUAUGUAGGUCCUUUUCCUCGGAAUUUAUUGUUUGCUCUGGACAUGUGGAAAUCUGUUAAUAAAACUGAUUUUACUUACGAAUUGAA